CAACGCGAUGUCGUUAGAUAAUUAGAUUUUCGCGAUAUUCAGUGCUAGAAAAAUAGUGAAAUUUCCGUGAAACUAUUUGAAUUUAAAUAACUUUGCCGUGUUCUGGCCACGCAUUGCGUCGAGGCCAAUGUUUAGGAAUCACAUUUAACUAGAGAAAAUGGACGAAAAGCCGUGUUUGUUUUCGUCCGAAUAUCGCCACCAGUUUAGAUCCAUUUGCACGGUUCACCUCGUAACGGUCGGGUACGGCGUCACGGUGGGAUGGACCGCUCCCAUCAUCCCGUUGCUCCGCUCCGAGGACACUCCGCUGCCGGCCGGGCCCAUCACGGUGGAGCAGGCGUCCUGGAUUGGGUCCUCGCUGUGCAUCGGCGGCAUGACCGGCACCGUGCUGUUUGCCCUAAUUCACACGUACUUUGGCAAAAAGAUUGGACUCCUGCUGCUGGCCGUGCCACAUCUCAUCCUGUGGAGCCUGAUUUGGGCGGGGGACAACGUGUACUACAUCUACGUGGCCCGGGUUCUGUCCGGCGUUACCGGUGGGGGUCUGCUCACCAUUGUGCCGCUGUUUGUGGCCGAUAUCGCCGAUAGGAAAAUCCGUGGCGCGCUCGGUUCGCUGACAAUCCUGCACAUAAACUUUGGCGUCCUGGCAUCCUACACGGCCGGAACCUAUCUGCCGUACUACCGGAUCCCGCCCAUCAUGCUCGUCCUGCCAGUGGCCUACCUGGCGCUGGUGUCCUUCCUGCCCGAAACGCCCUACUGUCUGCUGCGGAAGGGCCGCGUCGACCAGGCGGAAAAAUCGCUCAUGUUUUACCGGAACGUGACCGAUGACAGCGAUGGGGCCGGAACUGGGAGAGGGACGACCCGCAAAACGCUCGCCUUCCAGUACGAGUUCGAUGCCCUGAAGGCGUUUGUCCUAGCCGAGCGGACCCGGCAAGGGAUCACGCUGGCCGAUUUCCAAACUCCCGACGCCAUCCGGGGCCUCUUCGUGGGAGUGUUCGUGAUGGCACUGAACCAGUUCAGUGGAAUCCUCGCCAUCCUGACGUACGCGGGGACAAUCCUGCAGCAAUCGGGCACAACCUUCGACAACCGGUACGCCCUCAUUCUGCUGGCGCUAAUCAACAUCUGCGGCAACCUAACCUCAUUUGCAAUCAUCGACAAGGCCGGUCGGAAGUUUUUCCUGCUGAUUUCCACCGUUGGAGUGGGUAUUUUCCUCACAAUGCUGGGCCUUCACUCGUACUAUUACGAUCCGGACGCGGAUUCCGGUCAGUACUCGUGGGUACCCGUGUUUAGCCUGGCUGGAGUAAUCUACUCGGCAGCGCUCGGAAUCACCAACGUGCCGUUUUUUGUCUUGCCGGAGAUUUUGCCACCCAAGCUCCGCAGCAUUGGCAGCACCAUCGCCGUGGUCCUGUUGUGCUUUUUUGCCUUCUUCGUGAUGAAGGCUUACCCGCUGCUGCUGGAGGCCAUCGGAAUUCACGGGACGCUUUGGAUUUCCAGCGCGGUCUGCGCCGUGGGGGUGGUGAUAAUUGUCUUCCUGGUACCGGAAACCAAGGGCAAGAAUCUGGUUGUAGAAGAGGAGGAGGAGCAGCAGCAAGAAAGUGAAGCUAAUAAAGCGAGAACGAAUGCUUUUUGAUUGGCUGUGAGUUUA